UUGUGGAUUUGCAUAACAAAUGGCAUUGGCCAAAUCAGGUUUUGGCUCAAAAGAAGCUCAAAUGCCAAGAGCGUUGAAUGAAACUUAAAUGAUACUCUUUUAGUUUUAUCACUGAGUAGUAGUCUUUAGCGGUGACCCACUGUGGUCGUACUCAAGUGGAAAUGGGCAUCUGCGAAACGAGUGAGUUCAUUGAUUAAAAGUGCUCAGCUGACGUUGCCGUUUCUUUGUGAAUCUUAUCAGAGCAGCAACAAAAAUAGGAAAACCAAUUAAAAAACACCAAUACAUCAGAUCGCAUGAGACUUUAUGUCAGGCAAAAAAGAGAAAAAUGAUCAAACCCCAAGGCGUUCGUAUGUAAGCGGUGUAUUAUUGCAGAUACUUGCGUAGUAGUCACAAAGAAUCGCAUUUUAUAUGACCAAAGUCCAUUAAAAGCCUUGUCUGACUCGCGAAUCGCCAUAGACCGCAAUCACUUUUCGUGGCGAUCGUGCGGAGAGUCGUCAAAGUUUAUCGUUCGGUGGCGAAAUGUGCUAAAAUCAUUCCGAUCGGUGUAGGAACAAAACCAGUAUAGUGCUUUCAAAGUUUUUUGCGUUAAACUUACUCCCAAAAAGGCGCAAUGACUGGAUCAGUCCACGAUCCGAAGUGGUGUUUGGAACGCCGUGAGUCCUCAGGCCAUUUGGUGUGGCGCAAGGACUCUCCGGAAUCGAAGGUCCGAUUCCGCUUCGACGUGGAGGUCCUGGAGUUCGAGAAGCAUCCGCACGAGGAGCUGGAGGACAAGGAGGACCACUUCUCGAUCACAAAUCUCUCGGCAACGGUGGCCAUGUGUGCCACCUGCAUUGCCGUGGUGGCCGCCUCAGUUUUCCUGCCCUGGUAUUUAAUGGAAAAAGCGGGAUCCCUCUGAGAUUAUCCUGGCUCAAUGGCAAAGAAACAGGCUCCUUGUAUAUAAAUACAGCCUUCAUGGUAUUAAGUAGACUCCUGUACAUAAUCAAGCGUAGAUUUAACUAUUUGUAAAUAGUACGUAAAUUGUAAGUAGACUCUAAACGCAAACUAUUCGGUUUUUAUAAAGAAAGAGUUUGAAAAACUCACGGUGCAAUAAGGAUGCGGUGUGACUGCUUAUGCCAAAAUAUGGAAUGAGGAUUAUAUUGUAGGACGUGUAAAUUCUCAUAAGUUUAGUCCAACGAAAGAUCACAACGAUAGUUAAUGGAAUAAACGAAAUACUUGCCCUUUAAA